AUCUCUCUCUAGAAAAGUCAUGCACUACCAGUCUCCAUCUCUCUCUUUCUCCAUCUAUAAAACCUACCCAAGAAGGUAAAAGCUAUUCCCUCACGAAUCUUCACACCAUACUUGAAUUAUUGCAUGGGACCUCAAGACACGAGAUAGAUUAGAGAGAGAGAGAGAGUUGAAGAACUACAAAUGGCGAAUUCACUAGAAGGGCUGACUGAUAAGCAAGACCAGGACCCAAGUGAUGGUGGUGGUGGUGAUGGUGCUGUUGACGCUGUAAACAACCCUACCCCGCCCCAGCUCUCCCUAUUCUCGCUCCCGCGGAAGCCGCUGGAGCCGCCGGGGAUGCUGACGCCGCCGCUCCACUCGAAGGCGGCCUCCGUGCCGUUCAAGUGGGAGGAGGCGCCGGGCAAGCCCAGGCACUGUCGCCACGCCGCCGAGCCCAAGCCCGCCGCAGCCGCCGGGUGCCUAGACCUCCCCCCGAGGCUCCUCAGCGGCGCCGCCGUGCACGACGGGCCUUACUACCCUGGCCGGGCGCCGUCGUUCAGGACGCUGGGCGGGUCGUUCCGGAGCCCCGAGAGCCGCAGCAGGAGGGACAUCAGAGAGAGGGUAACGUUCGGGUCGAUGCGGUGGGGGUUCCCCGGCAAGGAGAGGGUUAGCGGGGUCGUGGAGGGCAGUCCCGGGAUUUCGCUCUCGGUGCUCUACGAUGAUGGCGGUGUUGGUGAAGAGAGCGUCACAAAGGUGAAGAUCACGAGAGUGAGCAGGAGGAAGAGCUUCUUCAGUCUCUCUCAUGCCAAGUCGCAUUUGUGGGAAAGCAUUUAUGGAGGAUUUAAGCAGGUGGUCCCAUGGCGACGCAGGCAAGAUAAGCCACACACAAAGGGUCAUUAGCUCUUACUUACUGAUUGAGGAUGUAUUUUAAUCUCGCUCGACCGUACUUAAUUCUGGUAUGGUUUGAUUAGUCCUAUAGAUUAAUUUCCUUGAAAAUUCUUAUAAAUCUUGUACGCGAAGAAUAUCAUAUAAAUCGGAUGAUCAAUGGUAAUAAA